UGAUCCAGUCGAGUCAGUCUCAGACGGAAGCGCUCAAACCUUUGACUGUACUGACAAUAACGUAAUGUGUAAGGUGGCUGAGAGAGAGAUGACAGCCGGCUGUGAAGACUCUAAAGGGCGGGGAGGCUGCCAGUGUACUCCGAAGACCUAACGGCUACGUAGCUGUUAGCUUUAAAAACGCUAACAUACGUUUGUUUAUUAUUAGUACACUUGCGCAGCAGCUAGCUAGUGGACGGCUAGCUGAGUGUGAGGUGAUGUGGAGACAUUUAUAACAACGAAGGACAAACUCAACUGAAAUGGGCGACAUUCAUUUAGAGGAGGUGAAGGACACACCUGAGCUCCCAGUGGAGAUCAUAGUUUACAUCCUGAGCUUCCUUCACGCCUCAGACAGGAAGGAAGCCUCGCUGGUUUGCCACAGCUGGUACGAUGCCAGUCAGGACCUGCGCUUCCAGAGGAACGUCAUGUUCUGUUUUCCCGCCUCAGCCUCAUCCCUGGAGCUAGUGAGGGGUCUGAGCAGAAGGUCCCGCUGCAGUCUGAUUAUCAGCCAGCUGGAUGGCUUCAGCAUGUCCAAAUCACUGCUGCUGGAGGUGGGUCUGUGUCUGGGCUCCAAACUGGAGAGCUUGGCUCUGCCUGGCAGCAGUAUCACAGAGGCGUCUCUGCUCACCCUCCUCCCUUGCCUCACCUCCCUCCGCAGGCUGGACCUCAGGGGCCUGGACAGCCUCUUCAUGUCUGGAGCCUUUCUGUCCAGGGAGGAGCACCGGCAGCAGGUGAGGUCAGCUCUCUGUGGUCUGGAGGAGCUGGACUUGUCCGAUCUGCGCUACCUCUCCGACCUCACCUUCAACCGGCUCACCAGCUGCACGCCGCGCCUGCGCCGGCUCUCGCUGGCCGGCUGCCACAUCGCGUUCGAGUUCGAUCCGUAUCGGGGGCGUCCGGUGGGAGCCGUCGAGGCUUCGUCCGCGCUGCUGUCGCUGAGGAAUUUGAAGAGGCUGGUGACGGAGCAGAAGUCCACCCUUGUAGCUCUGGACCUCAGCAGAACCUCCAUCACCCCCGAGUCGUUACGCACUAUUGCACAGAUUCAGGGUUUGGUCUUGGAUGAGCUGCGUCUCCAUGGUUGUAAGGAGCUGACCAACUAUUCAGUCGAGGCUCUGGUGAAGCACCAGCCGAACCUUCGCAGACUGGACAUCAGUGCCUGCACUGAGCUGACCAGCAGGUCUGUAGAGGCUAUAGCACAGAGCCUGAAGUCACUAACGCACCUGUCCUUGUCCCGCGACUGGAGGAUCACUGAAAAAGGCCUCGCUGACUUGCUGUCUGUGUCGUCACUGAAGAGCCUGGAUCUGUCCGAGUGUCUGGACAUCGGCGGAGCAGAGAUGGUGAAAGGUUUGGCGGGACCUGGUCCAACGAGAGCACAGCUGGAGACGCUCAGCCUCAAGAGCUGCACCUACAUCAGGGAUCUUGCCCUUUUCUCUCUCGCCCAGUUUCUUAGCAACACCCUCUGUGAGCUGGACCUGACCUCAUGCUUAAACCUGACGGAUCUGUCGGUGUGCGCUAUCGCCACCUACCUGCAAAGGCUGGUAGUGCUGCGGCUCGGCUGGUGCAAAGAAGUGACAGACUGGGGUUUACUGGGGAUGGUGGAGAGAACCAAGUGUGAGCUUGACAACAAGAAGGAAGACAAAGGUCCCAAGUUCACGCGGACAUUUGGCAACAUGGGCUUCUUCAAUCCUCCUCGUUUGCCCUUUGAGGAUCGACCCAAGCUGGUGACGCAGAGUGACCUGGAGCAGUUGAAACAGCAGGCUGGAGCCUCACUUCUCGCGCUCAACAGGCUGCAGGAGCUGGACCUCAGUGCCUGCUCCAAACUCACCGACAGCAGCAUCACACAGGUGGUGCGUCACCCAGACCUCCACCGUCUGUCUCUCUCCAUGCUGCCCGAGAUCACAGACGACAGCUUGGUGCUGGUGGCCUGCCACUGCCGCAGCAUCACCAGCCUGAAUCUGAGCCACUGCCCGCACAUCAGCGACCAUGGAGUAACGCAGGCGGCUCCACACCUCCGCAGACUCCAGCAUCUCAACCUCUCCUGUUGUAAUAAGAUCACGGACAGAUCCUUGUUUUACCUGGUGCAGCACUGCAAGCGCCUGAGAACACUGGACAUCUCCAAGUGCAAGAACAUCUCCAUGACGGCGGUGGACCUCCUGCAGUCACAGCUGCCAUUCCUGGAGAAUGUCUACUGUAGAUUAAUAGGUGGGUUUGACCCCACUUUCAUAAUCUGACUGCACGACUGCUGGAUGUUACAGAACCAAAGCCUGGUGUCUGUCUGAGUCGAGCUGCUGCAUGUCUCCCAAACUCGCACAGGAAGUGAAGGAAAUGUUUUGAGUUUAUAGCUUCAGGUCAGACUCUCUGUGAUUUUUAUUUCAUUUGAUCGCUCUGGUUUUAAUGCAGGCUCUAAACCAGUGAGGAAAAUACCUGUCAGGUUUAUGCAUUUCUUUAGUAUUUUCAUGUUAGAAUUUAAUCAAAGUGACUGAAAACACACUUAACACAUAAGCACCACUUUCAUCAAGAUUAUUUAAGUGUGGUUUAUCUGGUCCCCUGAGGGGAUAUUAAUAAGAGACAUUCUUAAUUCUUAAACACAGCAGACACAGUUGGAAGGACAUUAUUUAAAGAGUUUUACUUAAUUUAUGUAAUAACGUGAAUGUAAAAUAAACUGCGUUCCAAAUUUCA